UGUUUUUUCCUCCCAUGUUAGGUUUGUGUUGGCUGUAGGCAGUGCAGUCUUCGAUGCAAUGUUUAAUGGUGGAAUGGCCACGACUUCUACAGAGAUUGAGCUGCCUGAUGUGGAGCCUGCAGCCUUCCUAGCUUUACUAAAGUUUCUGUAUUCUGAUGAAGUUCAGAUUGGACCAGAGACUGUGAUGACAACACUUUACACAGCUAAAAAAUAUGCUGUUCCUGCCCUUGAAGCCCAUUGUGUGGAAUUCCUAAAGAAAAACCUUCGAGCAGACAAUGCAUUCAUGCUUUUAACGCAGGCUGCCCUCUUUCCUUGGAAGGGAAGAGAUGACAGAUGUGAGGUGGAAGAGGUAAGGUCCCUGUUUCCAGUAACUGGAGAGAAUCUUUUCCUCAGGCCCUACAGCCAAGAUACCAGGGCAAGACUCUUUGAUGAACCCCAGCUGGCCAGCCUCUGCCUAGAGAACAUAGAUAAGAACACAUCAGAUGCCAUCAAUGCUGAGGGGUUCACAGACAUCGAUUUAGACACCCUGGUUGCGGUGCUGGAGAGGGACACCUUGGGGAUUCGGGAGGUUCGUUUGUUUAAUGCAGUGGUUCGCUGGUCGGAGGCUGAAUGUCAGCGGCAGCAACUUCAGGUGAUUCCAGAGAACAAGCGGAAAGUACUGGGCAAAGCACUUUCUCUUAUUCGCUUCCCAUUGAUGACUAUUGAGGAGUUUGCAGCAGGUCCUGCCCAGUCAGGAAUCCUUACCGAUCGUGAAGUGGUGAGCCUGUUUCUCCACUUCACGGUAAAUCCCAAACCACGGGUGGAAUUCAUCGACAGACCGCGCUGCUGCCUGAGGGGGAAGGAGUGCAGCAUCAAUCGUUUCCAGCAGGUGGAGAGCCGCUGGGGGUACAGUGGGACUAGUGACAGGAUAAGGUUCUCAGUAAAUAAAAGGAUAUUUGUAGUUGGGUUUGGAUUGUAUGGAUCGAUACACGGGCCAACAGAUUACCAAGUAAAUAUACAGAUCAUCCACACAGACAGCAAUACGGUCUUGGGCCAAAAUGACACUGGGUUCAGCUGUGAUGGAUCCUCCAACACUUUCCGGGUCAUGUUUAAAGAGCCUGUUGAGAUUUUGCCCAACGUCAACUACACAGCAUGUGCUACGUUAAAGGGUCCAGAUUCCCACUACGGGACCAAAGGACUGCGCAAAGUGAUUCACGAAUCGCCAACGACGGGAGCCAAAACCUGCUUUACUUUCUGUUACGCGGCUGGGAACAACAACGGCACUUCUGUGGAGGAUGGACAGAUCCCAGAAAUCAUCUUCUACACAUAGUGCAGCUGUUGGAACGGGCUCGGGAUGGACUUUUUUUUGUUUCCCCCCCACAUAACCUUCCCACCAAAAUCUCUGGCUGAGUUCGACCCUGCCAUUGGGAGCCAUACUAGCCAAAGGUCUCAGUAAAACCCUUUUAAAACUCAUGUUUUGCCUUGUGCUCGUGACGCUGCUGCUGCCACGUACAGACUCACUGGGUCGCCAGUCUCAUUUGUAGAUUGCCUGUGGCUAGGGACUCUUCUCAUUUUACUGAUGAUCCAUCUAAUGUCAUGGGUUGUUUUGUUUUUUUUAAUUGUAAUGAAUGUAGAUGCUUUUCUAUCAGAAGCAUGGAAACAAGUGGCUCUGGGUAUGGUUCAGUUCCCAGUGAGGAGACAAUCCUACGAAAAACCCAAAGGGUCACUGAUUCCCCAUCCCUCCCCCUUUUUUUUUUUCUUUUCCCUUUUGCCCAACUCUGCCUUCUGGGGGGCGGGUUUGCUGUGUUGCUCCCAUAGUACUGCGUGGACAGUGCGGUCGCCCGCAACAUGCAGCCCACCAGAACGGGCCUGGCAUGUUUAUGCCGUUAGCGAGAGCAUAAGGGAAUUGAGACUUCCCUGUUUCAGCACUACAAGGGCUCGAGGGCGACCUCGAACCAGAGUUGUACGCUCCAAGGAGACCACUUCUGCAGGGUCCACAGCGUUUCCAUGCUCUUCUCACUAACUUUGAGACAAUCUUUUACUUUAGGCAGUUGGUGGAAGCGAACUGAAACCCCCUGUGGAUAGAUGGCCAUGUACGCUUGGAGAGGACCAGAUUGGCUUUCAGUAGAGCUCCAUUGUGACCUACGUGCAGGCUCCCCUGCUCUGUCAUGGUGGCGCUCUUUUUUUUUUUUUUUGAGCUUACUCUGCAUCAUAUGUGAACAAACAGGUGAUGUCCCUGCUGCAGCACUGAGCGGCAGGGAAUCCCUACCAGGCUAAGCGACUCCUUUCUGUUUUAAGGUAGUUUGUCAGGUAGAAGCAACCAAGGUACCUCACCUGGCUGCCGUUCCUCAGCAUGCUGCUGCCCUGCUUUUCACACAAGCUCCAGUGCAUCCGACUGGUUUGUUCUCCAUGCAUCGAGGCUGUUCACUGGCCGCUCCAGAGCGCUGCCGCUCUGGUGCAGAGUAGGCAGAGGUUUGGAGCGCAAGUGCCUGUUGUCUGGGAACGCAGCAGACGGAUGGGGAGUCGGAGCCAGUUAGGAGAACACUGCGGACAUAAUUCCCCGCUUGUCCAUGCACAUUUCUCUGUCCCCGCUUGCAGUCAGGCCAGGCAGUGACUGCUUGGACCGACUCGGAAGGAAUUCUAGCUUUAGCACCAGACUGGGAAGGGGGGCAGCGGGGGUUAAUUGCAAAGUCAUCCCCCUCUUUCACCCACUUGAAAGCAGUUGCUUUUCCCCAUAAGCAGGUGUGACUUCAGUUAAAUACAAUAUUGCCCUGCUGCGCAUCUUUACUUGCAGCCAUCUGAAUGGUCUCAACCUUGCCCCCCAAAUUAAGGGGCAUUUACCACUGUGUUGUGCAGAGGAAGCUGUUUGAAAUACAAGCUUUUCAGCAUACGUGGGGCAAACCAUUCAGAAGUGCUUGCGUGAGAUUUGCCGGUGUUUCGCGGCGCCUCCUUGAAGUGAAGGUUAGCGGGUGGAGGUGACGUUUUCCUCUCCCCUCCUGCCACAAUGGCUCUUUCAAGUCGUGUGCGAGCAGUCGACUUGCUGGGUUCGCAGCAUUGGCAUCUAGUCAGCCUUUACUGAGGUGCAUGACUUAGUACCUGGUCCCUGCUGGGGAAAUAGUCUCUGAUUUUUCUUUUUCUUCUUUUUUCUCUCUUCUACCCUCUCUGGUCUGGCCUCAUGAAGUAACUUUAUUUGUUUUUUGUCCUUGUUCUGUGCUAUCUGGCUAACUUCCAUCUGCCAGGCAGCGGUAAUAUUAUCAGGAACAGUUCUCACCUAGUACUCAGUAGAUAGUAGAUACUGUUUGACAGCGUGGCGUUCUCUAGGAAGACAUUAUAAGAUGUGUAUAUUGUAAGCCUGCUUCAGAGUAGGAUGAUUUUUAAUAUGGCCAGUACUAAAAAAUGAUGGGUCCAUGACUUAUUGAACCUGAUUCUGUGCAAUGCAAACCAUAUUCUGAAAUGGAUGAACAGAAUGGAGAUGCUCCUUCCUCUAAGAGGGAAAUUGCCUUCUGUUGGAAUGUAUAUAGCUGCCUCUCCCUGCUGAGCCCGCUUUUGCACUCCCAUUUUUUCACCUGUCGUCCAAGCUUGUGCCACUGAACUGCAUCCGGGCUUGGGGCAUCUUUGCCCAUUUGCUCCCUUUAGGUGUAAAUUCUCUUUGCUGUGGAUAUAGCGCUCCCCCCUCCCUAGCAUUUCUGUAUAUAAGUGGUGAUCGCUGAAGUAAUUGGACGAUGAGAAGCAAAUCUGCACACUUGGCCAUGAAAAUAGCAGGACUUGGAAGUAAGCAGUUGUCAAGACCUCAUAACCUGGACGCGCUGAGAGGUAGGCCUCCCUGGUGGCUUUCUCCUUAAAGCAUUUUUUUUUUUAAAUCCUACUGUAGGUUUCCUGUGUCGCGUCCCUCCUUCUCCCUCUCCCACCCCAUCCUUUUCAUGCCACUAGGCAGGUCUCUUCUUCAGACUGUCCUACUGGGGGAGAAGUCCUGUUUUAAACUGAACUACAUCUAAGCGACCUUUUGUUUUAUGGCUUUAUGCAGUUUGAUGCAAUUCUGGCUUUUGUAGAUAGUAUGAAUGUAAUGCAUUGUGGAACAUGCCUGUCUCCAAAAGUUUGAGACCAUCCUAUUGUAUCAUGUCACCUUUCCAACAGAGCUGGGAAUGUCUAGACUCUAGUGCUUUAUUGAUGAAUGUAUCAAAUGCUCUCAUUUAGUGUUCGCACUCUGCUUUGGGCCAGCUUUGUGAUUUGUAAAUAGGAAAUCAAUAAAGGCAUUCAGGGUGUCUUUAACGCAGUUUCUUU